AACUUCCCACGAGAAAGUAUAGCAUGGUGACAUUAGCGGAUUUACUGUCUGUUUCUCUGUGUUUUCUUUGGAUUUUUAGGACGUUAUCUUUAAAAUGAUAUUGGUGGAAAGACUUUAGCAGUAGACAGGAAAUACAGAACGGGCGACGAACGUACACGUGUGACGUGGAUACAGGUUGGCAUGGUAAACCAUUAAGCGGGGCUAGCCAUGUGAUUGGGACAGAAAUUGUUGAUGAAUUUUGAAGAUUACCAUUUUUACCUCAACCAGAAAUAGAUCCAUGUGAUGACAACCGACAAUAUGGCCGAACCUGCACUUCCGGAGUGCUCUCUUAUAACAGAACUUCCAGGAACUAAUGCCUCCCAUCCUACACCGGAUAUUGUGUUAAGCACCGAACAAAGAAUUGUGGGAACCUCAGUUGAUAUCACAUGUCCAGAGGGUUACAAUGUGAUUGGACAAGAUACGAUCACGUGUUUAAUAUCGGGAAAGUGGGAUGUAGAUGCAUUACCACACUGUAACGACGUGGUGUACGGUAUCCCUGACUCUACUAAGAUCUACCUGGGAGUGUUCGCUAUCUGUGGCGCCCUCUGUCUCAUCGUCUUUACCGUAGUUCUCACAAAAAUCAUCUGCUUCAAGGACAAGAAGAAGUACUCGGACAGCAAUUUCUUAGGUAGAAGUACGGAGUCAGUGUCAUCUAUGCAGUAUUUCCCGGAAGAAAAACAGUAUAGAGCUCCGACGCAACCGGAAGUGAUAGUCAUAGAGGAGCAACACCCAUCGACUCCGCCACCGGAUAUAGAUACUAUAGCAACCUAUGUGAACCAGUCCUACCUCACGGACGAGCAGGAAAGAUGGCGACAGAGACUGUCUAGCUACGACAGUUCGUUUGACGGAGACUUCGAUCUUCAGUGGCACCACGUUCAAGGGGAAGUACCGCAGGAUAAUGGCCGGAAGUGGAGUAACCACAGUAUACAAGGCGUUGAUACCUAUGACUAUGACCAGUACGGCGGUAUGCCUGUUAUUGGUGAAGGGGACCAUAUUGAUGACGACAGAACCCCGUUUUGAUGACAACAGAGCCCCGUUUUGAUGACGACAAAACCCCAUUUGAUGAUAUCAUAUAUAUUCAAAUGCCGGGUUCAGGCUAUGUCAAAGUUUUAAUACACAAGAUUCGAGGGCGUCAGAUGAUUAGGAAGUAAAAAGCGUAUACAAGACCAUGUGAGAUACAAAAAAUACUGAGGUUGUGACAUGAAGGUUGGAAGAAGUUUAGUUUGAGAUCGAAGACGUCAUUCUAUUAAGACACAGUAUUCAAAUUGUGAUACACAAGAUUUGAUGACGUCAAUCUUAUUAAGACACAUUAUAAAAAUUGUUGUGCACAAGACUUGAUGACAUAAAUCUUAUGAAGACACAGUAUUACAAUUGCGGUCACAAGAUUUGAUGACGUCAAUGUUAUCAAGAUACAGUGUUAACAUUGUGGUGCACAAGACUUGAUGACGUCAAUAUUAUUAAGACACGGGUUAAAGUUGUAAUAUGUACAAGACGUACUUGAUGACAUAAAAUGGGUUAGGAGAUAUUGGAAACGUCGGAGUGACACUACCCAGGACUUCAUGUCAUAGAUGUACAACGCUGCCCUCGUCCUCGUGAUAACAUUUUUAGAAAUGUUUUUUUUUUUCUCUGUGUAACGUUUACUCCGUUGACAGCGACAAACGGAUGUGUGGUUAUGUGACGUCACAUUAUUUAAUGUGAAACGACAUCAAACUGUUAUUAUUAUCGUUUUCUCAUUAGCGUCCAAUGUUUAAUAGAAAUAUUUACUAUAAAAAGGUAAACAGUAUGUAUAAAGAGAUAUGUUAUUUAUAUUUAAAUUAUCAAUGUGUCCGUCUUUGUGAGAUCUGGAUAAAAUCACAUGUUUUGUAAUUAGUAUUUACUUGACAAUGUUAUAUAUUUUGUGUUCUAGUGUUGAGUGAUCUUUUAAACUACAGUGAUUAAAACACGUUAAAACUUC